GCCGGACGAUCGCCAUUCGAGAGAUGACGUCGCCGCUGCAAGUUGCUCUUGGCUGCACGGGCACCGUCGUUUUGUAUGCGUCCCAGUGGGUCGACCGCGCACCUCGCUGGCUCUACGCACCCAAGGCCAUCGAUGUGUCUGCCUACACCAACCUCGACCAGCCGACGACGAUUGCAGAGCUCGAUCGCAUUGUUACCAAGCACGACCUUGCGUUGCUGGGGGUUGCAGCACCGACGACCCACCUCGUUUCCGGUGCCGGUUUCAUGGGCAUUGCCUACUGCUUCGAUGGGUUGCCUCCGGUGCUCCAAUGGGUGGCGCUGUUGCUGUACGUAGCGCUCGUGUACGUCUAUUUAGAUACGUCGCGCCUGAACAUGCUCGUCGAAGGCGAACGCACCCAGUGGAAGAGCUGGCAGAUCAUGAUGGUCGAGCGCCUCCCGUCAAAGCGUGCUAUGAAUUAAUGUAUUUUUGUUCUACAAUCAAUAAAGAUCUAUCGGCUUCAAGCGAAA